UAAAGAUUAAAAUCAUGUGACAUAUUAUAAAUAUUUUGACCGUUUUAAAUAGUGAAGUUUAAUUUUGAAGUUAAAAUUCAAAUCUAUAUAUGAGUGCAAAAAUUAAGAGCGAGGUUGAAGAUCCCGUGGUGUGUUCACUAAAGGCAGACCACGAGGGGAAGCAUGCGGUGAAAGGAGACGUAUCCACUGUGUCGUUUGUGAAAGUGCCGAGCCAGCAGGAAGAUGAAUUUGAUGCGGUCGGAAGGAAUGUCGCCGCCAAACUAAGAGGGAUGACGAAAAUCCAACAAACCGUGGCUGAAAAGCUGAUCUCUGAAAUUCUCUUCUAUGGAAAGAUGGAUAAGCUCACUGAGGAGACAGAGAUCAACCUGGAAGAAGUUGAUAUCAUGUCAGAAGCCAACUCGGGUGUCGAAGUGAGGGAAGCAGUCAGCCUGUAAACUACUUAAAUGCUCUACUCUUAUAAAAUUUAAAAUAAACAAAUAUAUUAGACUUUUUUUCAAA